CUGUUACCCUUUUGAUCGCACGAAUCAAAUCAGCACCUUGCAUUUCACGGCGGCCGAAUCCCCCAAAAUUCCACCCUCAAUUGUCUAGGGUUUCGCAUCUGCUUUUGGCGCUUGAUCUCUUCCUCAAGCUCAAGUUUUAUUCGGAGGAAAUUGAAUCGAAUUGGGUUCUGAGGGAGCUGAUCCGAAUUGAAUCGAAUUUGGCUAGUAUUGUGCAUUUAUUUGAAGUUGGAUUUGAUGAUUGCUUGUUCUCGAUCUUGAUGUGAACGAAGUUCCGGGGUGAUUUUCAAUCGAUAUAGAGCACAGGCGAGCUGGGAUUUAGGUUUUAGUAGGAGAUGGAUUCGGGAAAUAAGAGUCCAGGCCAUGCUCCGGCCGAAGAUAAUGAAGAGGUCAAAAAAUCGGAAACUUUUACCGAAUCCAAGUUCGGCGAAAAUGGUUCUUUGGAAGAUAGUCACGGUGGUGAUUUACAUGUACUCCCUGAUGUUAAUGGAAAAGGCACUGAACCAUCGGUUCCAGUAGGUUCAUCUUCUCAAGAGAUGAAACUGAGGAAAGGGUACGGAUUGAAGAAAUGGAGAAGGAUCAAGAGGGAUGUCACUAGAGGCAGGGACAGUAGCCCAGAAACUGGGAAAAUGAUGAUGCACGAGGUAUCGAACUUAGUUUCGAAUCCAAGCAAGCGAACUCAAGUUUAUGCCGAGAGGCAGCAAAAGUCCGAAGGCUCUGUUUCAUCCCCGAAUCCCGCGGUUAGUAAUUUUGGUGCUUUUGUGGGGGCUUCAGUUGAUAGUGUUGGGGUAGAUUCUGAGAAUGGUGAGGAUCACAGCAGCAUAUCAUCGACUGCAGCAAGUUUUCCAAACAUGAAAUACGAUAUGCCGCCUGUUGUGGGAUUUCCUCAAGAUAAGGGCAAAAUGGGGAUUCUGGGAGGGAAUGGUCCGAGUCACCACUCUGGGCAACGCGGGGAGAAGGGAAAGGGCCAGGUGGAGGCUCCCAAGAAGGCCAGAGGAGAGCGGGUUAAAAUUGAGAAGGAAAACUCGCGAUCAAGCUUGGAGUCCGAUUUGCGUAGCUCGAAUUUAUUCGUGUUUGCUCAGGCAAAUCAUGUGAUGAGUAAUGGAGUACGAAGUGAAAAUGGUCACGAGGUUCAGGAUGGUGAUGGGCCAUUUGGUAAUGAAGGAGGUUAUGAACCUUUGUCUGGGGAUGCUGAAAAGGGAAGAGGUGAGAAUCAUGGUUACUCGUCCGAUCAUGAUCUUUUGCUCGAGUCUAUGUGUCAACUGCAGAAGGCACAGGAGGCACUAGAAGAAGAGGUGCUAAAGUUCAAGGAAAUAGGCAAAGAUGACGUUCACCCAGAUCUGGAAAACGAAAGCUAUGAGCAGUUCACAUGUGGCGAAGCUGUACUGGAUUUUUCUCCAGGUUUACAGCCUAAGGAGUUGGAAAUAGCAAAAGGAGAUCUUGAAACAGAACUCGAGGACCUAUUUAAGCAAAAGAUUGAAGCUGAAGUCGAGUAUUUGACAAUAUCAAGAACAGUUCAAAAGCUGAGGAUAUGUGCCGUGGAUCAAAAUACUAUUCCAGUAGACCAAAAGUUAUCUGCCUCAGAGUUGACCGAAAACAAGCUUGGUGAUGAGAAGGGUAUGUCGCUCGAGAAAGAUGCCGAGAAGUUGCGAGAUUUUUCUGAAGACAUUGAAAGCAUUGACCUAACACUGAAGCUACAGAAAAAGGUGUGUAAGUACACUACGUAUUUUCUCGUGCAGCUAUCGUCGCUGUUUAUUAUCAUUGGAGUCUUUAUGUACAAGUUGUCGCCAAAUUAUUCGGAGGUUGUUCCGACUUAAUUUUGAGAAGAUUUUUUUUCCCCUUCUUCUGUGUUGUUUUUGUCUUGUUAUAUGUAUCAAGUGUUAUUGUACUUUUUCAGUCUUUUCAGAAUUAGAUGUACAUCAAACCUUCUGAGAAUUUAUCAUCUCUUUCUGUGAGAAGAUAUUUAUCUUGUAUGAUAGCGGAUUUUUGCUGCCUUAAUUUUUCGAAUUAUUGUAGUAUUUUACGAGUACUGAUCCUCC